AUGGAAGUAAAUUCUCUGGACCAGCUCUGUAAAUUUCUAAUUUCUACUGCGUUUCGGAGGUGCCGCAUGUUAGACGACCCCUGCAGAUUAUCGAUUGCUCUCACACCUGCGCCUCCUCUGCUUCGAAUCUCAGUUUCUGAUACGGGCAUUGGAAGCACUUUGGAGGAAUUUCAAGUAUUGAAAUACCAAAACGAUUCCAUCUGCGGCAGUAAAUGGGGUGGAGUUCUUUGCAUUGCAAGCACAAGCAUCUCUGAUGAAGAAAUUCAUCACUUCAAAUUUGACUUGAACGAAGUUGUUUCCUCAAGAAGAUUGGUGAGGCUGACUUCAGCAUCAAAGAAUGGUGCAAAAUUCAGUGGAACUGAAGUAUCAUUUUCAGUGUGUGAAGAAACUGAUGGCAUAAUCACAAUGUUAUCUUCCUUCAUCCAGAAGAUUCUUCUUCUGAGAGCACCUAAAAUUGCAGUUGAACUGAUAGUUGAAUCGUGUGACAAGUCACAGCCUGAAAAUAUUAUUGUGCAAAAUCCAUGUGGCACCCUGUCUAUGCAUGCAGCAAACAUUGAUUACCUGAAGUUGGGGCUUAGAGACUAUGUUUCCAAGCAUGGAAACAGACUGGCUGAAGCUUGCCAGUCUUGCUUUUCAGCUGGAAAGAAUCUUAAAGUUGGCUCUGGAGUAGCUUGUAGCCGAGGAAAUCAACAAAGUGGCAGACAAGUGAUGGAAGUUGUAAUUGUCAUUAGUGAAGCACCAAUGCCUGAUGAACCUUCCUGCUUCAGGUCAUAUGGCAGAAAAUCAGAGGUCUUGUACUUCAGAGACUUCACACCCUGCUCGAUAUCACAACCAUCCCUUGAUGCAUUAACCAGCAUUGAAUGGAAAGAUUAUGGGCUGGUUCUAAAGAGUGUUGGUGAUGAAGAUGGUGUUACGUUGUUAGAAUGGGAUAACUUGCCACCUUGCUCCCGAAUCGACAUAGUGCUCCACAAUCAUCGUAAACAGCUAACUACACUGCCUUGCUCCGAGAACAAUCAGAUUGACAGAUUGCUUACCAGAAAAGCUGUGAAGCUUGCACUCACUGAAUUGAAGAAAAAGAACGCAGGACUCUUGCUCAGUGAACGUGCUGUCAAGAUGUGCAAAUACGCACCUGAUCUGGCAAAAACAAUUUCGGGUCUCAUAAUGUCUUCGCGUGACCCGAGUUUCCAAGCUGAAUGUCUCUCUCUUCUUGGCCUACAGUCUGAAGGAAACGAAAAGGAUGCCGUUGCGGAUUGCAUAAAGUACAAGAUAAUUUCUGUUGUUGCAGCAAACGACAGAAAGUCCCGUAGUACCAGGGAAGCUUCGACUCUCUUUUCAGAUGAUGCUCACAGUGGAGUAUACGUGCCAGAUGAUGCUCACAGUGGAGUAUACGUGCCAAAUGAGGAAUGUGAAGAAGGUGAGCGAGGAUUUGAUUAUGUCUGA